GAAAAAACCUCUUUAGGAAUUUUUCUUUAAACAAUUUAGUGAUAAGAAAUUUCUGGCGCCUCGCUAUUCUCCCGCUUGAACAUAAGACCGAUUUUAUAGGUUCACCGAUCAUGUAACUAAUGGGAAGGGUUAAGUUAAAGAUAAAGAGAUUGGAGAAUACGAGCGGAAGGCAAGUUACGUAUUCGAAACGUAGAGCGGGGAUCUUGAAGAAAGCAAGGGAGUUGUCUAUAUUAUGUGAUAUAGAUAUUGCUCUUCUUAUGUUUUCCCCGACAGGCAAGCCCACAUUAUGCCUUGGAGAAAGAAGUAACAUUGAAGAGGUUAUUGCUAAAUUCGCUCAAUUAACUCCCCAGGAGAGGGCAAAAAGGAAGCUUGAGAGCCUUGAGGCACUAAAGAAAACAUUUAAGAAAUUGGACCACGACGUAAAUAUACAAGAGUUUUUGGGCACAAGUACUCAAACUGUUGAGGAGCUGACAAACCAGUCGAGACUCUUGCAAGCUCAACUAUCAGAAAUGCGUAAUAGACUGAGUUGUUGGAGGGAUCCAAAUAAGAUAAAUAAUAUAGAGGAUCUAACAAUAAUGGAAAAUUCUGUCAAGGAAUCACUUGCUCGGGUCAGAUUACACAAGGACAAUUUUGGGAAGCAACCACUUAUGCCACUAGAUUGUGAUCAGUUCCCGAAUGGAAUGAAUCUUCCUCUAGUAAUGGGUGGUGACCAGCAAGCCCAACCACCAAUAUGGCUUCCUAAUAAUGAUGGUCAACAAAUGAUGUUACGGGAGAACCCAAAUUUACUAGCUCAGAGAAAUAUAGAAUGCUCUACAGAUCCCUCUAUUCACAACUAUAAUGGCUAUCACCUUGGCACGGGUAAGCAACCAGAGAUGGAUAGUGCAUGUCAAGAGGGUAGUACAUUGCAUGAACUAAAUAGAAAUGCUUGCUUGAGUUUACAACUUGGUGGCCAGAUGCCUUCUUUCGCGUCUUAUAGUCUUGAUUUGCUAAAUAAUAAAAGUUUUAAGGAUGAUGGAAAAAUGAGUUUACAAGAACCUCCAAUGGAUUAUCAAGUUAGCAGCAGCAGCAGUUUUGAUCCACCCAGACAUAGAUACGACACAAAUGAAUCUGGUUGGGCAUCUAGUUCUGGACAUUGUGCUGUUCCCAUGUUUGAUGGACCGCUAUAUCAUCCUCAUCCCCAUGCCCAGCAACCAAAUUGACAAGGCUUGAGUGAUGCAUUUCAUUAUUUGUCGACGAUGGUCAUGAGAGGGCUACCAUGAGAAAACUUUUUGUUUCUAAAAUCCCCAAAAUUCGUAUGUGGAUUGAAUCAGUGGUGACGAUGAUAUUUGUCAUGGGCUUCGUCUCCAUAUACAAGUAUCAGUGGUAAUCGUCCUACUCUUAAGUGAUUAGAAUCGAUCUGUUGUGAUAAUUAUACGUGUAUAAGAUGGAAGAGUGGAUAUUCAAAAUCUUCCUUUUGUGAACUUGAGAAAUAUAUGAAAUUUUUCGA